AUGCGGCAGCACGUCCCUUGCAACGUCGACACGACCUUGUUCGAUGUUGAGUCGUGUAACUUCCCGUCUUCAACAGAGGAACAGACCCGCCAAUUCCGCGGCGCCGUCGACAUGGCCCAAGCGCAUGUCGGGUACAAGGCGCCAUACAACAUGUCCAAGAACGCGGCGGCGGCGUUCGUCCAGUUCCGCAACACGACGCUUCGGCCUUUUGCGUUGGACCCGCCCUUGAGUGAGUCGUCCAGGAAUUAG